UUAUUGGGUCAUAAAAAAUAUACCUAUUUUUGUAUAGUCGAACAAUGCUAUCUUUGUGGUAUUUAUUUUUGAUAUUUCUUAUUACGUUAAAUUCGAUAAGUGCUCCAUUUAACGAUCAGCAUUCUAAAUUGAAAGAAAACUUACGUAUUGUAGGCGGUCGGGAUGCAUUGCCAGGGGAAUAUCCAUAUGUUUUAAGUAUGGGAUUGAGUAUAUUACUAUCGAAUAAUACUAAAAUAUAUGAUCCCUAUUGUUCGUGUGCCUGCCUUAAACCAACUUGGACGCUAACAGCAGCGCAUUGUAUAGAGUCUUCAAGGUCUUACCGAGUACCCGAGACCGCUGAGUCGGUAAUACGAUAUCACAAAACACCCAACGAGGUUGGCUACGCUAAAAUACUGUCUAUGUUCAUAAAUCCUAACUACGUUUCCGCGUUAAUCUUCUGGCUCAAUAACGACGUCGGUCUUUUAAAAACUGAAUCUAUCGGCAUUCCCACGUACGGAAAACUGAGUGCCGUCGACUAUACAACCCUUUAUGGUUUCCAAAUAUUUGCGGUCGGCUAUGGACUAACUGAAGACGAUGAAGGCCGUAUGAAAAAAGCUCUACAUAUUAACAAAACAUUGCAAGUGGUUAAUGCGGUCAUUAUCAAAUGCAAAGAGAAUAUCUAUCCAGUUUUCUGCUUGACGGGUGUGUGUGGCCGGUGGUCGGCUCUUUGUCCUGGAGAUUCUGGAGCUCCUGUCAUACAUUCUUCCGGAAUUAUUGGUGUUAAUUCGGCUUCAAGGAGGGAUCAAUGCAAAAGCCGAAAAAAUUCAAAACCUAAAAAUUCAAUGGAAACUUCCGUUGGCAUGAUCACGCCAAUUAGCCCUUUUAUGAAUUGGAUCGUUAAUGUCAUUAAGUUAAAUGAAUAGAAUUAUAGAAGCAUUUGCAUGAAUAUCCAACCAAGCCGUUUACAAACUGCCUCCUUUAAUAGAUACUAUGAGAUAAUUGGGACAUUUUAAGAGAUACAUUGACGACUUUCCGAGAUUUAAUUUUUGAAAAGAAAGCAACGUCAUAAAUAAAUAUUGAUCGAACUGUU